AUGGUGAUUAAUGAGGGAUGUGAAAGCAUUGGGACAAUAACCAAUGGAUUGGAAUACACUGGAUACAUAGCCGAGGGAUGGAGAGCCACAGCCAAAAGAUUGAAAGCCCCUGGAUCCAAAGCCCAGAGAUCCAGAGUAAGUCAUCUGGCAGGGCUUGCAGAGCAUAGAGGCUCUGGGGCAGCAGCAGGAGAUCUGGCAGGUGCUGGCCACUACACAGGAUGUCUGGCACCUGGGGAGCUCCCAGCAGGUCUCCUGACUGCCCCUGUAGAGAGAAGAGCCCAGCUGGCAGGUGCUGGGAGAGCAGAGGUCAGUGCUGUAGACCAGGUUGCUGGGGUAGGAAGAGCCACAAGAGAAGCCUGGGUAGCGCAGGUAGCCCCCACAGGAACUUCUGUUAACGUGUCUUACAACUGCAGCUCUGGAAACUUCUCCUCCUGCUGUUUUGGAGGUUACCUGGGGUAUCCAGUUUCCACUUAUAAUUCAUUCUACCCCAGCAAUGCCAUCUAUUCUCCAAAUACCUGCCAACUGGGCUCCUCUGUCUACAAUGGCUGUCAGGAGACCUACUGUGAGCCCACCAGCUGCCAGACAUCCUGCACUUUGGCCAAAUCCUAUCAGACAUCCUGCUACUGCCCAAAGAAUUCCAUCUUCUGCAGUCCCCAUCAGACUAACUACAUAAGAUCCCUUGGAUGUGGAAACACUGGCCUUGGAUCUCUUGGUUGUGGAAGCACUGGCUUCCAAUCUCUGGACUGUGGAUCCAGCUUCUACCACCCAACUACCUUUUCAUCCAGGAAUUUCCAGGCAACUCGUUACUAA